AGAGCUGGAGAGGAGGCCAGCGGGAGGAGAGGGCGGCAGACUCUAGCUUGCGCACGGGGACCGCGGCUGUCACUGCGCUCCGAGCAUCCCGGGGGCUUCCCGAGUGGACGAGCCCGGCCUUGCGGGAGCUGCGGCUGCAGCCCCAGCCUUCUGCCCCUCUCGCAGCGCGCGUGCAGCUUCACGCCCCGGGCGAGCGUUCGUGAUUUAGCACAAAGCACGUUUCCCAAAAGCAGCGCUAGGGAGAGCGCCCGGGCCGCGCUCCCGCGUACGCACCCCCUCUUGCCCUUUGUUUCGGGGGUCGACACGCUGCUUUCCUCCCCAAGUCUGAAUUCUUCUCGAGGGGCGGAGAGCCGCCGAGGCUGGGCUGUGAAGAUGCCCUUGGAGCUGACUCAGAGCCGGGUGCAGAAGAUCUGGAUCCCCGUCGACCACCGUCCCUCCCUGCCCAGAUCCUGUGGGCCGAAGCUGACCAACUCCCCCACGGUGAUCGUCAUGGUGGGCCUCCCAGCCCGGGGUAAGACGUACAUCUCCAAGAAGCUGACUCGCUACCUCAACUGGAUUGGUGUCCCCACAAAAGUGUUCAAUGUCGGGGAGUACCGCCGGGAGGCCGUGAAGCAGUACAGUUCCUACAACUUCUUUCGCCCUGACAAUGAGGAGGCCAUGAAAGUCCGGAAGCAGUGCGCUCUGGCUGCCUUGAGGGACGUCAAAAGUUACCUGACGAAGGAAAGCGGCCAAAUUGCAGUUUUCGAUGCCACCAAUACUACUAGAGAGAGGAGACACAUGAUCCUUCAUUUUGCCAAAGAAAAUGAUUUCAAGGUGUUUUUCAUCGAGUCCGUGUGCGAUGACCCUAGGGUUGUAGCCUCCAACAUCAUGGAAGUGAAAAUCUCCAGCCCGGAUUACCGAGACUGCAACUCGGCAGAAGCGAUGGAGGACUUCAUGAAGAGAAUUACCUGCUACGAAGCCAGCUACCAGCCCCUCGACCCCGAUCAGUGCGACAGGGACCUGUCGCUGAUCAAGGUGAUCGACGUGGGCCGGCGGUUCCUGGUGAACAGAGUGCAGGACCACAUCCAGAGCCGCAUCGUGUAUUACCUGAUGAACAUCCACGUGCAGCCUCGCACCAUCUACCUGUGUCGGCAUGGCGAGAGCGAGCACAACCUCCAGGGCAAGAUCGGAGGGGACUCAGGCCUGUCCAGCAGGGGCAGGAAGUUUGCCAACGCCCUGAGCAAGUUCGUGGAGGAGCAGAACCUGAAGGACCUCAAGGUGUGGACCAGCCAGCUGAAAAGUACCAUCCAGACCGCCGAAGCCCUCCGGCUGCCCUACGAGCAGUGGAAGGCGCUCAACGAAAUCGACGCCGGUGUUUGUGAGGAGAUGACCUACGAGGAGAUCAAGGACACCUACCCCGAGGAAUAUGCUCUGCGCGAGCAGGACAAGUACUAUUACCGCUACCCCACUGGGGAGUCCUACCAGGACCUGGUCCAGCGCCUGGAACCGGUGAUCAUGGAGCUGGAGCGGCAGGAGAACGUGCUGGUGAUCUGCCACCAGGCCGUCCUGCGCUGCCUCCUGGCCUACUUCCUGGAUAAGAGUGCAGAGGAGAUGCCUUACCUGAAAUGCCCGCUCCACACUGUCCUGAAGCUGACGCCCAUCGCUUAUGGUUGCCGCGUAGAAUCCAUCUACCUGAACGUGGAGUCGGUGAACACACACCGGGAGAGGUCCGAGGAUGCAAAGAAGGGACCUAACCCGCUCAUGAGACGCAAUAGUGUCACCCCACUAGCCAGCCCCGAGCCCACCAAAAAGCCUCGCAUCAACAGCUUUGAGGAGCAUGUGGCCUCUACCUCCGCUGCCCUGCCCAACUGCCUGCCCCCGGAAGUGCCCACGCAGCUGCCCGGACAAAACGUGAAGGCCUCCCAGAGCAGCGCCGACUCCUCCAGGACGCACUGAGGCAGCCCGUCGGUCCCGUUCCAUCUCCAUUUCUGCACCUAGCUAGCAUUCUUCCCUCUCCCUGAGGCCAGACGCUCCCAAGGACUUCUCCAGAAUAGGGUAGGGUGGUGUAGAAGAGGGGUCUGCGGUUGAAGAGGAGCCGUGCACCCGACAGCAUCGGAUAGGGGUGGCCUUGCCCGUGUGCGGAAUCCAUCGCUUUGGCAUUGAGCUGCAGGCCACCCCAUCCCCUGCCCUCCCCGGCCUUGCAGGGCUGUGUGGCUUCCCUGCCCUUCCACAGGGCUUGGUGAGGACGAUGGGCAGCGGAGGAGGAGAGAAGACCCCGAGGCGGGACGUCGGGCGCCUCCGUGGUGGUUCCCUGCCUUUCUGUGGUCUCGGCCUGAUAUGUCCUCAGCUGGCGAGAUGACGCUGCUCUGAACCCUAAAAUUAAAGGGGGCCUAGAUCCCAGCUGCUGAAGGGAUGUUGAAAACUUUCACGAGCCUCCUUCGUGCAUCUCAGCCUGGGACGGGGACUUGUGAAGGACGGCGUCAGGGGUCACUGGAGAGCCAGUCCCGGUGGUAGAGCGAGAAGUCCCUGAGUUAGACUUGCUGGUCCCUGAGCAGCGGCCCUCUGGCAUGUCUACACACCUUCCCAGGCCGUGUCCUGCCUGGAACCAUGUUAAAGGACAGUCUGGCUGUCUAGGCAAGAGGGGAUAAUUUGCUGAACUGACAGUGGGGCCUCCACGCGGUCCCUCUGCUCUCCUGCCUGGACCAGGGGCGUCAGAGCUGGCUCUCCGGGGGCUGCUGGCUUUUGCACUUUGUUCGUGGCAGACAGUGUGGCCUGAACGUUGCACCUUCUCUUCAGGAACUUCGAUGUCUGGGUUUUGUGCCCUUGGCGGGGAGGGGGCUGGAGCUCUGUAAGAAUGUGGGGAGUCGGGCAGCCCAUGAAUGGGGUGCUCAGAGGGACCCCAGUAAACCGGCCUGGGAGCGCGUUGGGAUCAUUGCAACACCGAGGCUGGGAGACUGGCGUGGAGAAGAACGAGGAUCCGCCUCCUUCUUUCAGGACGCUCAUCACCUCCUAAGUUUCCCAGGUGGGGACAGUGGCCCAAGCCAGGCCUCGCUCGUGGCCACUUCCUCCAAGAGGCUGUCGGUGGUGUCCCGGCAGGAUUCGGCUAAACUCCGCAUGUUUCUGUCGAGCAUCUGCUGUGGGGCUGGGUUCCUUAGGGGAUUCCGCAGAAGAGAAUGUCCUCGCUUGCCUUCUUGGCACCUGUGGCAUUUUUUGAGGGCGUUCAAAGCAGGGCUGGUGGGACAUGUGGUUCUAAAUACCUGUAGUUUCUGCCUGCUGGUUUCUCCUUGUUGCCUCCAAGUCCUGGGGGAGGAGGCGGUGUCCUGAGGCCCAGAAGAAACCAUUUGGAGACUCAGCAGUAGGGUUCGUCCAAGUGACCCGUGUAAGGAUCUCUAGAGGUCGUGCCAAAGCUCGCUUUCCUUUCCUGCCCUCCACCUUCGAGCCUGACAUCGUCAGCCCUCCUAGCGUAUGAGAUGGUUCUGGGGAUUGGGGCUGGGGCGGCUUCGACGGCUGGAGCUGCGAGCAGAGGGAAGAGCUGGUUUUGUUUUGUUUGAGAACAGCUUUUAAGGAAUGUACGUUUCUCUGGUUGAGUUUAAGUAGGACACAGGGACACGCACCCUUCAGAUACCGGACAAUCGAGUUUGUGGUUUUCCCACCAAACCAUUCAAAUCCCACUUGCCCCCCGACCACGGGCAGUCCGCCUGAGAGGAUGUCUGUGUACAUUCCUGUGCGGCUGGAGUCUAGGUUAUUUUCCCUCCUUGCCCUCCAUCUUGAGUCUAAUGAGUCAGCGUGUGUGCGUGUGUGUGUGUGCUUGCGCGCGCAUGCACACCAGUGUAUGUUUGUAGGUUGGUGGUACUUGUAGACAGAGGGGCCUGCAGCUCUGCUCCAGAGAGUGGCCUUCUUAGGUCUCACUUUCUGACCACCUCCUCUUUCUGGCUGCCCCAGCCGACUCUGAAUCUCGACUCUCGAGGCUGGUCCGAGUGGGGCUCUGCGCAGGUGCACCCCUGGCCUGAGUGCCUGACAUCAGUCCGAACAUGAACAAGGCUUUGCCUAACGCAGACCUCUAGAUUGCAAGGGCCUACAUGACGAGAUGGAACAGAAAGAUGGCCGAGGAGGGAAGACCCCGGAGAGAGCAGAAAGCUGCCUGAUUGAAAGCUAGCGAGCUGACCGCCGAGGCGUGUUGAACAGAGCGUGUGUCUGAGCUGCAGUCCCGGAGCCUCUGCUGCCCUGUCUGUUGACUCUCACCCCCCGAAAAUAUGUGGGACCAAUUUUUUUUAACUCUGCCUAUUUGUGUUUGGGUGGGCUUACUCUCUUGUUAUUCUGUCCUGAGACAGUGGGCGAAGCUCUUCAUUUGGGGGGAGAAGAAAAAACUGUUAGAACCACGCCAAUGACGUUUUCGUUUGUAAUACUUGAAAUUUAUUUUUUUAUUAUUUUGAUAGCAGAUGUGCUAUUUAUUUAUUUAAUAUGUAUAAGGGAGCCUGAAAAUAGAAAGCUGUAUAGAUUGGGUGUAGUCGUUCGUUGGUUUGGGGGCCUCUUACGUGUGACACAUGACUUCUCUGUGUUCUGUACAUUUGUCGGAAUUAAUUAUCCGGGAUGAAGCUGUGCCAGCUUUCCAACAGGGGUCGCCUUUCAGAAAUUUGUAUAUUUUGCAGUUGCCAGACCAAUAAAAUACCUGAUUGAAAUACA